UAGAUUUUGUUUCAUCAUAAGAUGGUUUCUCUCCAGCAAUAAGUUCAAUUUUAUUUCACGUGCAAUAUGCUGUAGAUUUUGUUUCAUCUAGGCCUUUAAAAAGCUCGAUUUCUCCAGCCAAAGAAGACCAAAAAGGCAAAGUGGUCUCUAUGCAACUCCUCCACAUGGGUCCUUCAGCUUAGAGUGAGUGGAAGUGAGUGGAAGUGAGAAAAAGAGAGAGAGGGAGAGAGAGAGAGAGAGAAAGAGAAUGGCACUAGAAGCUGUGGUUUUUCCACAAGACCCAUUUGGUUACAGUGGCAAAGAUCUCUACAACUUGUUAGGAGGGAAUUGGAGCUCCUACGACUUUGGCCUUGAAAAAGAAGAUGAACAAGGCGGCUCCUUUGAUUUUCUCGAGAACCAAACAGAAAACUGCCUCUACGGAGAUUACAGUCCCUCACCUCCCUCAAUGGUACAACAUCUGAAUCAGCUUCACCACUCCAAUGCAUCCUUGGACGCCACCAGUGCUUCUUUUCAAACCGCCAAUGAAUCCCAACAAGUUGAUUCUUCAGCAACAACCAUCCCUACUCGUCCGAAGAGACGCCGGGCAAAGAGUAGAAAGAACAAAGAAGAAAUUGAGAACCAAAGAAUGACUCACAUUGCCGUAGAGCGAAAUCGAAGAAAGCAGAUGAAUGAGUAUCUCUCUGUUCUUCGUUCUUUAAUGCCAGACUCCUAUGUCCAAAGGGGUGAUCAAGCAUCUAUUAUAGGGGGUGCGAUUAAUUUUGUUAAGGAGCUUGAGCAGCGCCUACAGUUCCUUGGUGUUCAUAAGGAAAUGGAGACAACAUCGGAUGGUGGUGGUGCAUCUUUGCCCUUCUCUGAGUUCUUCACCUUUCCACAGUACUCAACAAGUUCGAGUCACUGUGAUAAUAAUUCUGUGGCCAUGAGUACCGAGCAAGUAGGUGAGAUUCAAUUGGCUAUUGCUGACAUAGAAGUAACGAUGGUGGAGAGCCACGCAAGCCUCAAAAUAAGGUCGAAAAGGCGGCCAAAGCAGCUCCUUAAGCUUGUCUCUGGGUUGCAUACGAUGCGCCUCACAGUGCUUCACCUCAAUGUCACAACCGUUGAUGAAUUUGUGCUCUAUUCUCUCAGUGUCAAGGUAGAGGAUGAUUGUAAGCUGAGUUCAGUGGAUGAGAUUGCAACAGCUGUGCAUCAGUUGCUAUGUAGGAUUCAAGAAGAGGCAUAUUGUUAAUUGAUCUGAAAAAUCUUGUUUUAGUUGUCUCUAUUUGACCUCGGUAGACCAAAUGUGCCCAUUUUCUCUUGCUUUUUAGGUUGUCUCAAAUUAUUGAAAUUAACGUUUACUUAA